AUGGAGGGUUACCCACCAAUACGAGAGAUUCCCAAUGAACCUGUUGUUAAUCGUUACAAGUUCGCAUGGCGUGCUAUUCUCAUUUUUAACUUUGCUCUUGGAGCAUAUAUGUUUGCGCAGGCAGGUAGGAAAGAAAGAGUCAAAGAGAAAACUGAAAGCAGAGCUGAAGUUGUUUCCACUCCAACUGCAACUACAACUCCCCCGGUUGAGGAACCAGCAUUCACUCCUCCUGUCACAAGGCCUGUGAUUGUGCGACAACCCAUUCCUGAAGACCAGCAACGUGAACUUUUUGAGUGGAUGUUGGAAGAGAAAAGAAAGAUCAAACCCACAAAUCGACAAGAGAAAAAGCAAAUAGACGAAGAGAAAGCUAUUCUUAAGCAGUUUAUUCGCUCAAACUCCGUCCCCAGUAUCUGA